GUCAUUCGUGGCUGCGUAUUUGAGGUCGUCUCACUCAAGAUGACAACAACGAUGGUAGAAUUUAAUUUGAAAUCAAAUGAAAAUAAUGUAAGUCUUGUUUCGAAUCAAGAGAAAAAAGAACAUUCUGAGACAAACAAAUCGGAUCUAUCACCUUGCAGAAUAACAAUGCUGUCACGAAGAAAGAAAAGGGGGCGGAUACCUCAUCUGUUUGAACGUAGCUCCAAAAAAUGGUGGAAUCCGCAAAUGGAUUCAGAAAUUCUUGAAAAACAAUGUUUGGAUUUCAGUCUCGAGCAAAGCAUAUGGUAUUUUCAACUUGCACUUGUCUUUAUAAUGGUCGCAUGCAUAGUUUGGAUAAUAUACUUCGGAUCGAGGCAGCAGCCAGACGAAUGGAUUGCAGGCGUAUCAUGGGCGUCGGUCUUGACUAUUAUCUGUAUUAUGUUAUUUGUGGUCACUAAAAAAACCAAAUUUUAUAAGAAGUUCAGCUGCUAUAUAGCAAUCGGAGUUGCUGUUAUUUUAAUUUUGACAGUACUGCUGGCUGCAUUCUUCAGCUCAGUCAUAAUGACAAGUGUAGGCUCAUUUUUUCUUGCUUCCGAAGUCAUCCUACUUCUAUACACAGUCAUGCCUCUGCCGCUUCACAUCAAUUUUGCACUCGGACUAGCAUUUUCAUUUGCAUACGAGAUUAUUUACCGAAUUGGGUUAUGGGAAGCAACACCAGGAGACAUCAUUGCACACAUAUUUCUACAUCUCUGUAUACAUGUUAUCGGAGUUCAAAUCUGCCUCAAUUUGCAAGUAAGAAGAAGGAGUACAUUUUGGAAGGUUGGUCAAAUUAUCAAGUCGAAUCAAUCUAUCGAAGUUGAACAAAAUUUCAAGAAAGUCAUGAUCGACUCUAUCAUGCCACCUAGUGUGUCAGAUAAACUGAUGGAGGGAAAAGGAGGAAGAGAGAUGUUCGUUACGACUGCCAAGGAAGAAGGAAAAUUCAGGCCAUUGUAUGUCGAAAGGAUGGAAAAUGUUUCUAUCUUGUAUGCUGAUAUCGUUGGAUUUACAAAAAUGAGUGCAAACAAGAGUGCUGCUACCUUAGUUUAUCUACUCAACGAUUUGUUCGGAAGAUUCGAUGCUUUGUGUUUGAAAACUGAGUGUGAGAAGAUCAGCACAUUAGGUGAUUGCUAUUACUGCGUUGCUGGUUGUCCCGAUCCAAAACCAGAUCAUGCAAAAUGUUGUGUUGAGAUGGGACUUGGUAUGAUCGAUGCAAUCAAACGAUUUUGCACAGAUAAUGAUGUUAAUGUCAACAUGAGGAUAGGAAUUCAUACUGGAAUUGUUAUCUGUGGAAUUGUUGGAAUGAAGCGUUUCAAGUUUGAUGUGUGGUCAAACGAUGUUAGUUUUGCCAAUCAUAUGGAACAAUGGGGAGUUCCUGGCAGAAUUCAUGUUUCACAAUCUACCAGAGAUUGUCUCGGUGAUUUAUAUGAAAUUGAGGAUGGAAAAAUUGAGGAACGUGCCCCUGCUGAAGUUGUCGCAAAAGGAAUCAAAACCUAUCUGAUUGUUGAUAGACCAGAUUCUGACACAUCUUCAAUAUCAGGAGAAAGUUCAACCUCCUCCACAUCUCAGAAUGGAGAUGUAAUCGAUCAAGUCGACCAGAAAGCACAGGAAAUGGUAUCUGUAGAAAAUGAGACCAAAUCACAGCCUAACGGUGUAAGAGUGGAAGAUACCACCGUCAUCAUCAAAACUCCACAAGACAAUGGAGGUGCACAACAGGCCACUGACGACAAUCAACAGGACGGUUCCAUGAUUAUUACAAAUAAUAAGGUUGGAAUUGUUGGUGAAAAUACAGGUGAAGACAACAAUACUGUCAAUGGAACGUAUGAUCACGAAAGUACACUGCAGACUGACCCGCUACUCAGCGUAAAGAGAACCAGUACUCGCAAUCACCAUCAUCAUAGUUCAAGAUAUAAAAGUAGAAGGAGACACGAGGCUGCUGCAGAUGAUCCAAACAGUAAACAGAAUCAGAUUCUUGGUUGGUACGUCCUUCCUCUAUUGAACGCAGCAUCACAAUCAUCAGUCAGAGUAAAACAGGACAGUGAAUUUGUCGACACCAUCAAAAAUGACCCACGAAUGAAAAACAUCAACAACAAUGAACCAUUGGAACCUGUCAGUAUGAGGUUCAUUGAUCCUAAGAUAGAAACUGAAUACAGGAAUAAAUUUCAUAACGAAGUUGAAAACGACGAAGAGAUAACUUCUUUUGUCAGCGCAAGAUUCAGUUUCAUGCUGGAUCUUCUCAUCUCAUUCAUUGUGUUUGCUCUGGUAUCGUUCGCCUCACUUGCAGAUUUUGGAUUCCGAGCUGCCUGGUGUAUUGUUUUUGUAGUCGUCUUCAUCAUUAUGGGUUUCGUUGUUUACAUCGUUUUCAAUUACGUUUUCAAUAUCGGUAACGUACCUGGUUGGGUCAAAGGCUUUUCUGGAUGGGUACCAAGGCAUUUUCUUGGAGUUAUAUGUCUCGCUUGUCCCGCUGCAAUGGUUUUCUCAAACAUGUUUUGUCAUUCAAUUGGAUCUCCGCUACCACCUGAUUGUGCAACUUAUCUUAUUAUAAUGGGAAUUGUUCUCAUUCAUUUUCUUAACUUCAAUCAACUAAGUUCUUGGAUAAGGUCUGUCAUUGCCAGUAUCAUUGCUAUCAGCAUCACACUGCUGGUGUAUUUAAAUCCGUGUGGAGAGAGAUUAGUAACAACAGGGAACAGCACAACAAAUAUUAUAACCACAAAUGGAUUAUGUCUAUCAGAAAUGAGUAAAUAUCAAUAUGAAUUUAUAAUUGAUAUUCUGCUGCUUAUGUUGUUUAUAUUCAUCGUCAACAGAGAAUACGAGGUUGGUCACCGUCUUACUUUCUUUAUUGCUCACGAAGCUGAGGAAAGUAACAAAACAAUGGAAGAAGAAAGGAAUCAGAUGGAUCAAUUACUUCUUCAUAUUAUACCACCUCGUGUCCAAGAAGUCAUAAGGGAGAAGAACAUGUAUUCUAAAAAUCAUGAGAAUGUCGGUGUCAUUUUCGCAUCCAUUAUCAAUUUCAAUGAGUUUUAUGAAGAAUCAUAUGCUGGUGGUAAAGAAUGCAUUCGUGUUCUGAACGAACUUAUUGGUGAUGUGGAUGAACUUCUUGACAAUGAGAAAUAUGCAGAAGUUGAAAAGAUUAAAACUAUCGGUUCCACUUUUAUGAUUGCAUCAGGCUUGAACCCAAACAUAGAGAGAGAACCAAACAAUAAUAAUCAUUUAUGUACGUUGAUGCACUUCUGCACUGAAGUUCAGGAUGUGAUCUUUGAAUUCAAUGAAAACAUGGUGUGCUUCACUUUUAUUUUACGUAUCGGAUUCAAUCAUGGUUCUGUAACUGCCGGUGUCAUCGGCACAACCAAACUGCUAUAUGAUAUAUGGGGAGAUACUGUCAAUAUUGCAAGUCGUAUGGACUCAACUGGAGUUCCAGGAAAAAUUCAAGUUUCUGAAAACAGUCAGAAAUGCUUGAAAGAUAAAUUUGACUUCACAUACAGAGGAAGUACAAUGGUUAAAGGGAAGGGUGAGAUGCAGACUUAUCUUCUUCAUCGGGAGUCCGACAGACCUAUCAAAGAAAAUCCCAAACCAACACCAACCAAUUUUGAGGGACAAGAAUCCUGAUCUGUCGCUUGUUCUAAAGAUAAUAUAACUGGAAAUAUUAUAGCUUGGCUGGAUGUCAAGAUGGAUGGUCUGUAGCAGUCUUCAACAUUCACAAAGUUAUCUGUGGACCACGUUUGCCUCGGAUUUGAUCAAGUAUGAUCUAACUAACUUUGUGACUGAUUUAUCUAUCACAUGGGUUAUUGCAAUACAAGUCGUUGUAUUUUACAUCACGACAGUGCAGUAUUUGUAGAAAAUCAGAGUCUACAACAACAAUAUUUGAGUAAUCAAAGGAUGAAGAUGUCUCGACAGCAUUCGCAUAUCGUUUUAUUAUUUUCCUUUUUUUCGAUCUAUUUUCUUCAAUGUCUUAUUAUAGUCAGUAUCGUUACUUAACAAACCAGUAGAAACCGCUUUUCUCCGGUCAUUCGUUUGUUUUGCGCACACUUUUUAAUGAUGUACUCCUUUAAUUUUAUUUGAUUAGAUCAGUCUAACUUUAAAGUAUUGUUUUAACACUUUACUGCCUUAUUUUACUUUUUAUAGACGUUUGUUACCCAGAAAAACCAGCUUUUCAGAUUUGUGUGCGUUACGAUCACAUGAAAUAUCCCUCAUUAACUCGGCUAAAUUUUGCUCUUUCAAGGCGUAUGAGCAUAAUUUAUAUCCAUCAGAAUGCCCUCUAUCUCAUUUUAUCAAUUUUUCUCUUCGUACACACACAUGCUGCUAUUUUUGUUGUCAAGGCGUUAGAGCACUCGAUACAAGGUGUAUUUCUCCUUUAUUGAAUUCUUUCCCUAAUUGGGACAAAGUAUAGUAAAUUUAAAUUUGACGGAACUCUGCUUAAAAUUUCAUUUACAAUUACCAUGAAAAAUGUCAAUGAUUUGCCAGGUUUAAAAGCAUUUUCGGCGCAAGUUUUUGCUAAUAAUCGAAACCAUGCACCAUAUGAACGAAGUCGGAUGUGCAUGUCAAAAUUAAUUGUACAUCAGAUUCGAAUUUAAAAUGAGUACUAAUGAUUAUUCAUUCAUGCUCUUCAUAGUUGGUCUUAAGCUCAUUCAAAACCACAUACACACCACAAUUUAGAAUAUUUUCAUCUGCACUUUUUAACACAGAGCCCAGCCUAUUUUAUUGGCAAUGGCUCUGAAGAAUUAUUUUCAACGCUUUCAACAAUCAUGCUUAUCUUUUUUCUUCUUGUAAUUUUUCAAUGGUAAUAAUUGACUGAAUUUAUUUAGAAGGAAUUUGUUUAUACUCCAGCUGGUUUAUAAAACUGUUAUAAUCUAUAUCAGACACAUAAAAUGUGCUUUUAUUCAAGCUAUUCUGGUUCUGAUCAAGAUAUUGUGCUUAUUUUUAUAAGACGAUUUUCGAACAAUUUAUAACUUUUCUUUAUUGUUGAUGUAUUUGCUUUUAUCAUGUUUUGAUUACUGAGAGCGAGAACAAAAAAAAAGUAUCUGAAUACCACAACUGGAUGUUUUUUUUAUAAUCAUUUUCAAUUGUUCAGUUCACAAAAUCAGGAUUUAAAAAGCUCUUUAACUUACUUCGACCCCUAAAAUUUUCACAUAUAUGAUUUAACUCCUAUGUUGCAUUCUUGCACAAUCACUUUCAUAAGUGACGGUUCAUAAGUCUAUUUAAUAUGGAGGGAUGAAUCUAAUUUGCCAGUAACAUUUUUAAUGGGGCAUUUGAUAUUGAGUGAAUGAUUAUUUGGUAUUUUAGUCCAAAAUAGCCCGUUCUCAAAGAUACAGAAUAAUUUUUGGCUUGGUUCAGUUACAACUGAAACUCUGAUAUUGAAAAUAUCAUCUUAAUUUGAAGAUCUACCUAAUUAUUUUAUGUGAUGUCACACAACCUUUUUAUUUUUCGAGCUAAAAUUUUUCUUGCAAAUAUUUUCGUCACUACCUGGAGCUUGUUGAAAUAUCAUGUCUCGUUUUAUUUUUCUCAUUUUAUUAGGAUAUUGUUUUAAUCGGGUCUGGUUGCCUUUUUACUUUAUUUUGCAAUAUGUACAUUUAUUUACCUUCUUUUCUUUUCCUUAUAUUUUUUUUCUCGUUGGUAACUAAUUCUGAUUAUAAUAAUAUUAUUAUUGAAUGAACUUUUUAUCUACUGCUAUUUUUAAUGUCGAGCAACCUUACUGAACUACCCUUUGGCUUCAAUUACUACUACUUAUUAUUAUAAUGUACUCGGUAUAACUUGAUUGAACAAUAUGUAUGAAUUGUUGUGCGAUUUUGCUUUGACAAUAAAAUAAGUCAAUUUCAACAGAAUCUGGACUUUGACUUCUACUUCAUACAAACAAUUUUAAAUAUUUUAAUUAGGAUCUGAUUAUUCGACAAUCUGUUACACACAUACUCAUCUCUAUUCAAAUUUAUCAGUUUUGGAUGCUGGAUCUAUGAUAUUGAAACGUCUUGUAUAUUAUUGUUGGCAAAUUUCUGCACAAUGUUCUUUGCUGCAUAGGUUUUUCUUUAUUGACAUGCAAAACAGGAUUCAUUUUGCUGAUAUAUUUUAUGUUAUAAUAUAUAUUGCUAAGUUGAAUAUAUUAGCAGGAAAUUGA